AUGUUUUUUUUUACUUUGAUUUUCAUUCUUUUUUCUUCUUUUCUUCUUUUCACCUUUUCUUCAUUUUUUUUCCGGUUUUCUUUCUUUCUUCUUCCUUUCGCCUUUUCUUCCUUUUUCUUCUCUUUUCUUUUCUUCCUUUUUCCUUUCCUUUCUCUUUCUUUCUUUUUCCUUUGCAUCCGCUUUUUCCCUUAUCUUAUUCUUUUUUCUUUUCAUCCUUUCUUUCUACCUUUUCAUCUCUAUCGUUUUUCUUCAACAACUCUCUACAAUACAUCGUUCAUCUUUUUCAUCCUCAUUUGCUUUUCAUUCGGAUUUCUUUCUUUUUUUUCCCAUUCAUUUUUCUUCCUUUCUUCCAAUAUGGCAACCACCAUUAUGGCGUAUUUGCAAUCAUUUCGCUUCUUCGUUUUCCUUCUUAGAGAUUGUGAUCAUUUUUCUUUUUUUCUUUUUUUUUCCUCUUUUCUCUUUAUAUUUCCAUAUUUUUAUAAGUUUUUCUUUCUUUCUUUAAUCUCUCCGUUGUAUUCCAGUCUUCAGACCUCAACAAACGUUUUUUUGUCGGUAAACACUUCAGAGACAGCAAAUAUCAAAUCCUACGAACUUCUCACACGACUUCUCAGUUAUUUCGACAAUGAUUCAUAUAAACUGCCAUAG